AUGUCGAUCGGAUCAGACGUUUACUACACACACAAAGAUGGUGCCUACGUUGCAGCUGAUGAAGGCGAUUUUCUCCCCUUCAGUUGGUUCGAGGUAGUUUCCAAGGUGCUCCUGCAAGUGGUGUUGAAUAUUCCAAGUUUCGUCAAAGAUUUUAUCCACGCCUACAUUUGGGCCCCGAAAAAGUCCAUCAGUGGAUGCGUGGCUCUAGUGAGUGGAGGAGGAAAUGGCUUCGGCAGAGCUCUUUGUCUGAGUCUCGCUCAGGAAGGGUGUAAGGUUGCAGUAGCUGACAUCGAUGAGAAGGGUGCAAUCAGAACCGCGUCGGAGAUCCGAAAACUGGGCAUGCAGGCCGUGGCGUUCUAUGUGGAUGUGAGCGAUUUGAAAUCAGUGCGUCAGCUCAGGAAAGAAGUGGAACUUAAACUCGGCUAUGUGGAUAUUUUGGUUAACAAUGCAGGGCUACUUGUUGAUGCGAAAAUUUCCGACGGUUCAGAUGAAGCCGUACGGCGAAUCAUUGACGUUAAUCUAACGUCACAUUAUUGGAUGAUUCGUGAAUUCAAACCAGCAAUGAUUGAAAGAAACAGUGGCCAUAUUGUCGGAAUCAGCUCGAUUCUCGGAUUCUAUGGAACCUUCAGAACUAAUUCCUAUUGUGCUACGAAGUUUGGAGUUAGAGGAAUGAUGGAGUCGUUGAAUGAGGAGUUGUAUUUUAAUGGUCAAGAUGAAAAAGUGUUCGCUACAUGUGUUUAUCCUAGUCUGAUUGCUACUAGGAAGGAUCUAAUGAAAACUGCCAAAGAUAUGGGCGUUCUUAUGGAAACAAUGUACCCGGAACAAGCAGCUAGCAUCGUAGUGAAAGGAAUCCUACAGAACAAACGGGAAAUCAUUUUGGGAUCCUUCCUGGUCAGACUUGUAAUCAAGCUGUAUGUGUUCCUUCCAAUAAGACUGCGACACAUCACAACAAGUUGUAUCAUUGGCGAUGCGAGUAGAUGCAGCAGGUUAACGAAUGGGGUUGAGUAAAUCUUGAACGGUGAUCUCAGAUUCCUCUAUUCACAAAUAGAGACGUGGACAUCUCAAAAUCGAAAGCGGAUUCGACGGAUGCAAACAUACGAACCAUGACUCUAUGACUGUUUUUUUUUCAAUUAGUUUAAUUGUUAGGCUCAAAUGUCCAACAGGACUGCAGGGACCCGAGAACUAUUAAAUAAUUUCAUAAUUACAAUCAGAUAUUCACUGGCGUGCACAGGGGAUUUUUAUUUCCACAUUUACAAAAUUAUGAUAUAAAAUAACUUGAUUUAUUGAUAACUUGAUUUGAAGGUAAAAUAACUUCAUUUCAUAAAAAAGAGCACUGAAAACUUUUUAUUGCGUCAAUUCCUUUGAGAUGGUCCCUGAAAAUUGCACCACAAAGGUGCAUGAAGGGACAAACUUCAAUGAAAUUUUUUGGUUACAACACAGUGGUGCAUACAAAAAAUUGCUGGUGUAAUUUUUUUUCAAGGCUGUUUUUUUUUCAAGUGUAAAUUUAAGGAUGAACAAAUCA